AUGGACUCUGGAAAGGUCACCGUUCCUCAGAUAACUGAAGAAUCUGGCCCGGGAGGAGAGGAUGAAAAUGUCGAGGACACCCGAAGAGCUGCCAGGUUUAAGCUGGCGAAAACUUCAAGUUUGUUCGUCACCUGGGUUUGCAUGGGCUUGUACGGUGGAAUAACAGGACCCACAGUUCCGGACCUUGGCGAACGCCUACACACAGACUAUGACAGCGUUGGCUUUGCUAUUGCCUUCCGAAGCAUGGGAAGACUGAUUGGAUCACCCGCAUAUGGAUAUCUACGGGACAGAUUCAGCAGUUGUGCUGACUUGCUUCUUGGAGUGGCGCUUACCGUGGUGUCUGUCUCUGUCAUAACUAAACCGUGGGUAACCACCAUCAGCGUUCUGGCUUCCGUGUUCUUUGUGGAAGGAGUUUUUGACGGUGGAAUUAAUGCAGUGGGAAAUUCCAUGUGCGUUCUCAUGUGGAAGGAAAAGGCGGCGAUGCCUGUACACUUGCUCCACUUUGGGUACGGACUCGGGGCCUUGGUUUCUCCGCUGAUUGCUACACCAUUUCUGUCCCAUCGCCACGGUUUCAAUCAGACUUCAUCAACAUACACAUUCAACGAGACCUUCAGGGAAGAAGACAUAAUCUUCAAAGAAUCUUUAAUCGAAAUACCCUACGCCAUCGUAUCUGGGUUUGUUCUCCUUAUUGGAAUGGCCAGUGUUGGAUUUUUCCUUUACAAACCGUUCCGCAGAAUGACUUCGUUGUAUGGUUGCACGUCCUAUUCAAAUGUGCGUGAAGCUCCUUUCCUGAAAGAUCACCCAAAGAGUGCUGUGUCAAUUUUAGCUCUGUUUUUCCUGUUUAACAUGAUGACAGUGGUUAUGGACAGGGCUCUGGGCUCCUUUCUAUUCACUUACGCCAUGGAGAGUGGCAUCGGAUUCAGCAAAGGUGAAGCAGCUUAUCUGAAUACUGGAUUCUUCGCCUGUUAUGCCGGUGGCCGAGCCAUCAUGGGAUUGCUGGCACAUAAGAUUCCCGUCAGAUACGUACUGUUCUCUGAGGUCUAUCUGACGGCUGCCUGCUCAGCAAUUAUUACUUUCUGUGGUUACGACAAACGUCUUAUACUCUGGGUAUUCUCCUGUUCCCUUGCUUUCUUCUUCGGUCCCGUCUAUCCCUCAGGCAUGGCCUGGGUUGACCGAUAUGUUCCACUAUAUGGUGUGGUCGUUGCCAUCUUUGACAUAGGUAGCGGCAUCGGCGCGUUUAUCUCGAACUGGAUGUCUGGCUAUCUCAUCAGCAACCUAGGACCACGUUCCUUAUUGUAUUUCACGUUUUCUGCUGCCGGCGUUUUGUGCUUCACCAUGAUCAUUGCUCAGAUCAUUGGGAACAGUCGGGGCGACAGGCACCAAGCGAUUAAAAAAGAGAUAACGGUGGAAUCCGAAGGAAAAUAG